ACACGUCUCGACUUGCAACUAAUGAAAAAAAAAGGAAAAAAAAGAUGCAAACUUUCUGAAAAGUAUUCCAAAAUGGUGGCAAGCAAGUUUGUAGCAUUGACCGGAAACGUAGCCAUGCGUGGACGGAAGAAAUUGCAAAAAUGGAUACCAGAGAUGAUGCCGAUCUUUAUAAUAUUUAGUUAUUUAGAGGGUGCGGUUCAAUCCACUUUUCGACUGCGCAUUGAAGCUACCGCAAUGGCCGUUAUUAUCGACAGCUCGGUAUUGGUGGGCGGCAUUUACGUUGUGUUCGAUAUUCUUGUAAUUUUAAGCGGCGCUGGACUGAUUGCGUGCCACAAGAGCGAAACUGUGGCCGUCUCCUUGUUGCUGCUGCACCACACGCUGCAUUGUUUCUUUUUCACCAUGUGGAGCUUGAAUCAGGCCCUGCACGAUUUCGUGGACGUGGGCACAUUGCUGCUGCUGCUGGCGCUGCGUAAGCGCGAACGUGUUACGUUCGAGGGGGGGCUGAGGCAACAGCGCAACGUGCAACGCCUGCUGCUAGUGGCACGCGUCUGCAUGUGCGGCAUCUAUGCGCUGUGGUGCCGCGAAACUGAGAAUGUAAUCAAUGAUCGCUUUGCCAUGGUCUGCGGCAUCUGCGUGCUGCUCGGCUUCUACUGCCAGCUGGCGGCCAGCCUGACGGUCCUGACUCUGAUUUGGCACGACUGUUGCAUGGUGAACUGGUCCUUCAUGCUCGGCUGGGAUGAUCUAACGAUUAGUGUGUCCAUGAUAAGUUCACUGAUUUUAAAAGUGGCCGGAUAUUUGCUAAUGGCGCGUCUCGGCGCCGGAAAGUGGUCCCUAGACGCUCGCCUCUAGCUGCCAGUGCAGCACUUCAUCAAAUACCAAAGAGCUCGGACACGUGCUUCAAUGGCUCAACUGAAGCUGGAUUAAUAAAAACUCCUCAAGCAUUACGAGCCAAAGUCGCCCA